GGUGCAGUGUUCUCUGAUCGACUCCAAGCUGACUAUGCGACGGCCUUUAAACUUGCCAUUGAAAACAUAAACGAUGACACAUCACUUUUGGCAGCCACCGAGCUCAAAGUUAUUGUCAACAAAUCUGCUACGCUAGAUGCGUUUAGAAAUAUUGAAAUGGGUAAGAGCUCUGUCAGAAAGGAUGUUUGCUAUAGUUUUUUUCGGGAGUCGAAUGGCGCGCUACUACAGUUUACGGUAUAUCUCUCUUGUGGUUGUAGAUGGUCAUAAACAUUGUCAAGUACACUUCAGCGACAGAAUAAGCAAAAUAGGAAUAGUUUUCGGUGCUAUGAGGCAACUAAAGCAGUUCAUAUUAAGUUACUUAGAAUUUUUUUUUACACAAAUACAUUCUGCACGCAAGUCUGAAGUUUCGAAUUCAGCAUCAUAAUUGUCAACAUAAUGGAAUUUUUUGUGGGUUAGGUUUCUUGCAAUAACGUUUUGGAACACGAUUAUAAAGCAGCUCCCCGCAGUUUUAAUGUCUUUAGUAAGAGAAAUUUGCAUUUAAAACUGUUAUCCUCUUAAAACCAAAAUUUUAAAGUAGAAGAGUGCAGCGUACUAGAGGCCAAUUUUCACUAUCAGAAAUGAAAAGGAAUGAUACUCCAUUGAUUUGGAUUUUGCGAGUUACUAGGUUUUUACCUGGCUUGUUCGGGGCUCCACGUUAGUAUGUGCAGCGAUUUUAAUGACCAGUGCGAAGAAUACCCUUUUUCCACAUCACACGGGUUUUAUUUUCGCUUGAUGAUCUCCCUAGUGUCUACUUGGUAACAGAAAUAAAUCAGGGUAUUCGUAGUAGAAAAGCUAGUGGCAAAACGAAAAAUUAUUUGUUGUAUCAGAUAAAGGUAUCCAUUUGAAGUUUUAUUUCAAAAUUACAAGCUCAUUCACUUUGGCGUCAGUUCAACAUUCAUUAAGCUUUUUUAAAAUUAUCUAGUUCAGUAUCUUUUGAAGCAAGGAGUGGUAGCAGUAGUUGGUCCAAUGACAUCAACCGGCGUCAAGUUUACCCAGCCCUACUGCGCAGGCUUCAACAUACCACAAAUUGCUCCUGUGGCCACAGAUCCAACCUUCUCAUUCACACCGGCUAACUUUCCUUUCCUUGCUCGCCUCAGUCCGAGCGACAGUAUUCAGUGUCGGGCCUUGGCAGGGCUCAUAUCACAUUAUAACUGGACUCAAUUUGCACUGUUAACUUCCAAGGAUGACUAUGGUUUGUGCAAUUAAAUACUGCUUUUUAAUUAUUCAUUCUGUCGUCGCAUGUACAUCUGACGUUUUUAUUUGAUAAUGGAACUUCGCUUAAACAAUCCAUGACUUUCAGAGGAGAAUCGAAUUCUUAAUUCCAGUUUCAUGAUAGAUCAAUCAUUUCCAUCAACCGUUUACAACUUAUAUUUAAAAACUUCAAGAACGAGUUGCUUAUUAAAUCUCUUUUAGAUUCUUUCACUAUUCUCAUGAAUGAGUGAAUUACGUUUAUUUACUGGAGUAAUUUACACUUACAAUUGGUUUCAAAAUUAGCGGUGUCAAAAAUCGAUGCUGUGAAAAAAUAAACGCUAUAUUGUAAUGGCUUCAAAAUACUAAAACUACAAAAAUUAAAGCUUAGACGCAAUAUUAAGUCAUGUUUUUAAAAUAACAAUAAUAUUGUUAAAAACCGUUUGAAAAUAUUUCGAGUCUUAAGAUUCAAUCUCUAUUUGGAAAGACAUUCUAAGCUUUUGAACAGUGAUAACCAAAAUAUCAUUUUAAUGAAAUAGUUUUAAGUUUUGGCCACUUCAUUUCGAAUUUACUACCAAGGUUGUUACAAGAGACCUUGUCACGGUUUUCGACGCCAUCUUGAAGAGUAGGCAAACCUGUGAGAAAUUACAGUGUUUGCAUGAGAAUCUAAUGUCGAAUAAUUUCCGUAUAACGGCUGUCUGAAAAAAAAUGUGAAUUGUAAACUAAAGCUACACUCCUAAGGAUUCUGCGGGAAAAAGUUAGAGCGUUAAAUGCGUUAGAAGACCUAGAACCACUUUCUUAAAUUUUCUAUACAUUUGUCUGUAAGAAAUUCCCGGGAAAAAUUACAGACAAAUAUAUGGAAAAUCUAAAGCAAGCCUCUGGAGAAAUUUAAGCACAGUUACGCCCCAAAAAUGUUUAAGUACAAUCCUUUCCUUUGUAGCUUUAGUUUACAAUUGAUAUUUUUUUUCUGAAAAGCCGUUUUACGGAAAUUAUUCGACAUUAGAUUCUCAUACAAACACUGUAAUUUCUCACACGUUUGCCUAAUCGUCAAGAUGGCGUCAAAAAUCGUGACAAGGUCUAUUAGGUCUAUAUUUGUUUUCCUUUGUGUUGUGUUGCCAAACCCACUAAGUCCCGUUUAUACCUUAAAGUAGUGCUUUUUUCUGUUGGUGAAUACCUUUUUUAAAAAACAGUUUUAUUCCAUCGAAAGUAAGGCCAAUCUAAACUUGUUUAGUAAGUCUAAUAGUUCAUUAUUUGUCCUGUUUCUAGGCAUAAAUGGCCUUUUAACGUUAAAGGAUAUUGCCAAUCAAAAGGGAUGGAAAAUCACAGCGAAUGAGCAUUUUGACCCUGUCAGUGACUUCAGUAACCUUGACGUAAGCCCGCAGUUGGAAGCGAUACGAAGAACUCGAACGCGAAUUAUUGUCUUGAACACAAUGGCACGAUACACUGUCGUUAUACUGUCAAAAGCUUCACAAAUAGGAAUGCUGAAAGAAUGGGUGUGGAUUGUAACAGAUGGCUCUACAAAUACGGUAACAGCUUAUAGUAGAUGAAAUAAUGAGUAUAUGAAUUUCAUAGUUUGAUCUACAGGAAAAUCAUCACAGUUAAACAGGCAACUCAUGCAGUUGCGAAAUGAUGGCAAAUCAGAAUCUGUCAACUGAGCAAAUGUUUGGUGGACAUUAGGGGCCGACUAUUUGAAUUUUGAGGGGUUUAUGGGUGAUUACAGAAAAAUAUUUCCUGCAGACUGAUUUCGAGGGGAAAAAAGCAUGCAAAGAAAUUCCUGGGAAAAACAAUAUCCUGCACUAAAAAAAAAAUAUUACUCAUGACGUAUAAUGCUGAAAAAAAAUCUUACAGCGUCAUGUGGGGGGAAAAAUUUCUAACUCCAGUGGUUUGGGAAAAAAUUAUUAUCUCAAAAUCACCCAUACCCCCCUCCUCCACAUACGUCCAAUGGUUAUGUUAACCAUUAGGGGGUGGAGGAAGAAACGGAUUUGACACCUCAGUAAAUGUCAUCCUUUAACAAAUGGCUGGCGAGCGUUAAUCAAGUGGUGGUUUUCAAGACUAAAGUUUUGCAUUUCGAGAUUGAAAAUACGCCAAAGAAAUACACAAAUGGAAAGAGAAAGUUCAAUGGAAUACUCACUUUCCUUUUUGUGGACAAACGAAAGCUUUUCCCUAUGAAAUUGUCUUUCGAAGAAAUCAACCUUGUUUCUACACGGCGGAUAGUAGCGCUUGGCUUGUUUUGAACCCACCAAGGCAGAGAGGAUUCUGAAGAAUCUUGAGGUACAUUCUGUACUUUAUGGUCAAGGAACUAAACGUUUUUAAAAGAGGAGUUCUGUACAUUUUGACAUCGUCGUGAAAGAAAAACCACAAAAUGUGCAUUUUAAAUUGAUUUUUUACCAUGUGCUCAGCCGAUUUAACUUGCGUGAACGUAUCCACGAUCCAGUUUUUGUUACGCAAAUUGCUUUUUAGAAUUAACUUUUGGGUUUUUUAUUAAAAGUUUUCAAGAAAUUAAGUUAUUUAUCUGUCAUUGUUCAUUCAUAACAUUAGCUUAAAAAACAAUCGUGAGUUUUUUAGAAACACUUCAGACGGGCUACUCUCCUUUCCUGAAUAUUAUGCAUCAGUCAAUUCCAGCUGCGCCCAGUGUUAAUAUAAAAUUAUUGACAUUAAAAUUAAUAGAGCGCUGCAACGUUAUAUGUUAUGAAUAGUUUUAUAAAUAUGAAAAGAUGUUCUUCAAAUAAUAUCAACCGAAAUUUGAUUCAAUAACCAAAAAACGUUGAUUCGCAUCGAUAGCUCCGGUUUUCGCUAUGCAAUUCUGGCUUGAUAAGCAAUUAAGAAAUGCACGCAUAAAAUCGAGAACAUGCCUUUAUAACCCUCUUCAAUUUAUUCCUAUCUUUGACUGAUGUGCCAAUCUGCUUUUUUUCCAGUAAAACCAUGUGUAUAGUUAUAUUCUGACAGGAAACUGCAUGCGUGUCAAAAGCUCGGGAAUGGCCCCGGGGUUGGCAAAUGCCCAGCCCCCGGGCAGUGCAAAAUUUGCAAAUUCCCCGAAGUAGCCCGGGGGCGGGGGGGGAGGGGGCUGGGUGCAGGUGGAAUUGACUGAUGCAUUAAAACUGAAGCAUUAAAACUGUACAACUUCCAUUUAUUGCUAUUCAUUUUCUUAUUCAAUUAUCUGCCAUUGAAGAAUUUUGCAGUGUGUAGAAUUCAAGAAUUUUUGCAGUUUUGCUGCUCUUUUUCCAUAACUCGUACCCGGAAUACAGCUGAAUACCGCUUGAAUGAAGUUUACUGCAUUUUGUUUUCAGUUGUUCGUUUACGGCUUUGUUAUAAUUUUCACGCUGAAAAAGUGAGUUUAUCUCAAAUAUGAAAGAGUUGUCCUCUAUUCUAACGACAGACUCGUCGACUUUUCGCGGUCGAGUUUGUCUAUUUUUUUUUAAAUGCAAAGUUGUAAGUUGCGGCCAGUUACAGUUAGUAGCGAAAAGAUUAUCGUUCGCUUUCCUAUGUCUAUCCUCAAAGAAAAUUAAAUAUUAUACACCUUACGGUAAAGUUUUCUUUCAGAUAUUGUGAGGUAUAAAUGUAAAGGCUACACAUAACUGUUUGUCCGGGCCCAUUAAAAAAAAUAAAGAAGAAAAGAAAAUAUAAUGGGCUUACGGGAAGACAAAACUUCCUUAGUCGCCCUGAUUUUCCUUUUAGGUCUUCCCUUAAACACAGAAACACCGACUCUACAUAUCGUAACAUGUAAUUUGCUGUUAUUGAAGAGACCUACAAUUUCACAAUUUUAUCAAUUCAGGUCUGUUUGCGGGACAUUUUUUCUUAAUCAUUUAGCCCCUCCUUCAAAAGAUGAACUCAUGCCGAAGGCUGACCUGCAGUUCAAUUAAUAGGGAUGUGAAGAUUUAUUUUCUUGACUUAGAGUUCAUGUUAUUACUUUUACUGUGAUUUGAUUGAUUUUAUCAUAAGUAUAGAAACGGAGGCUUCGCUUUUAGCCCUGGCUAAAUCUAUAUAUUAUACCGGGGAAAGAGGAGGAUGGAAUUAUGAAUAUAUAAAUUUCAUAUAUUUGAUCUGCGGAGUGAAGAAAUAAAUUGAGAGAAGGUCAUCAAAGUUUUAAACACGUAACUUACGAAGUUGCGAAAAGAAACACAAACUUAUUGUAAAUAAAAUACAACUUACGAGCUGGGUGUUUACACUGUACAAGCCCAUACAGAUCGGAAGCAAAUGUUUUAUCGUGCUUGCAAGCAAAACUGAGAAUCUAUAGAUCUGUUUGGAAAGUUUAUAAAUACAUAUUAGUUGAGCAGGAAGUGGGUGUGUUAAAAAUUAAUUACACUGUAUUAAGUUUACAUACUUCUAACUUUUGAUUGGUGGUAACUUAAAUGAAUAAUUUACAAUUUUACAUGGCUAUAGAAUUUGGAACUGUACAAAAAAUGUUGCAGCUGGUCUGCACUUAUAGUGUGGUGUUCUAUAUACUACCAAAAAGAAAACAAAACAAUAAAACACAAACCUGAAACAAUAGCCAGAAUCCAGUUUUAAUCUUUGGCUUGUUUUGAACCAACCAAGGCAGCGAGGAUUCUGAAGAACCUUGAGGCACAUUCUCUACUUCAUGGUCAAGGAACUAAACGUUUUUAAAAGAUUUGACAUCGUCGUGAAAGAAAAACCACAAAAUGUGCAUUUUAAAUUGAUUUUUUACCAUGUGCUCAGCCGAUUUAACUUGCGUGAACGUAUUCACGAUUCAGUUUUUGUUACGCAAAUUGCUUUUUAGAAUUAACUUUUGGGUUUUUUAUUAAAAAGUUUCAAGAAAUUAAGUUAUUUAUCUGUCAUUGUUCAUUCAUAACAUUAGCUCAAAAAACAACCGUGAGAUUUUUAGAAACACUUCAGACGGACUACUCUCCUUUCUUGAAUAUCAAUUAUGCAUCAGUCAAUUCCAGCUGCGCCCAGUGUUGAUAUAAAAUUAUUGACAUUAAAAUUAAUAGAGCGCUGCAACGUUAUAUGUUGUGAAUAGUUUUAUAAAUAUGAAAAGAUGUUCUUCAAAUAAUAUCAACCGAAAUUUGAUUCAAUAACCAAGAAACGUUGAUUCACAUCAAUAGCUCAGGUUUUCGCUAUGUAAUUCUGGCUUGACAAGCCAUGAAGAAAUGCACGCAUAAAAUGGAGAACAUGCCUUUAUAACCCUCUUCAAUUUAUUCCUGUCCUUGACAGAUAUGCCAAUCUGCUUUUUUUCCAGUAAAAGCAUGUGUAUAGUUAUAUUCUGACAGGAAACUGCAUGCGUGUCAAAAGCUCGGGAAUGGCCCCGGGGUUGGCAAAUGCCCAGCCCCCGGGCAGUGCAAAAUUUGCAAAUUCCCCGAAGUAGCCGGGGAGGGGGGGGGCUGGGCGCAGGUGAAAUUGACUGAUGCAUUAAAACUGAAGCAUUAAAACUGUACAUCUUCCAUUUAUUGCUAUUCAUUUUCUUAUUCAAUUAUCUGCCAUUGAAGAAUUUUGCAGUGUGUAGAAUUCAAGAAUUUUUGCAGUUUUGCUGCUCUUUCUCCAUAACUCGUACCCGGAAUACAGCUGAAUACCGCUUGAAUGAAGUUUACUGCAUUUUGUUUUCAGUUGUUCGUUUACGGCUUUGUUAUAAUUUUCACGCUGAAAAAGGGGGCUUAUCUAAAAUAUGAAAGAGUUGUCCACUAUUCUAACGACAGACUCGUCGGCUUUUCGCGGUCAAGUUUGUCUAUCUUUUUUUUUUUUAAAUGCAAAGUUGUAAGUUGCAGCCAGUUACAGUUAGUAGAGAAAAGGUUAUCGUUUGCUUUCUUAUGUCUAUCCUCAAAGAGAAUGUUAUACACCUUACGGUAAAUUAAAGUUUUCUUUCAGAUAUUGUGAGGUAUAAAUGUAAAGGCUACACAUAACUGUUUGUCCGGGCCCGUUAAAAAAAAUAAAGAAGAAAAGAAAAUAUAAUGGGCUUACGGGAAGACAAAACUUCCUUAGUCGCCCCGAUUUUCCUUUUAGGUCUUCCCUAAAACACAGAAACACCGACUCUACAUAUCGUAACAUGUAAUUUGCUGUUAUUGAAGAGACCUACAAUUUCACAAUUUUUUCAAUUCAGGUCUGUUUGGGGGACAUUUUUUCUUAAUCAUUUAGCCCUUCCUUCAAAAGAUGAACUCAUGCCGAAGGCUGACCUGCAGUUCAAUUAAUAGGGAUGUGAAGAUUUUUUUUCUUGACUUAGAGUUCAUGUUAUUACUUUUAAAUUUUAUUGUUUUUAUCAUAAGUAUAGAAACGGAGGCUUCGCUUUUAGCCCUGGCUAAAUCUAUAUAUUAUACCGGGGAAAGAAGAGGAUGGAAUUAUGAAUAUAUGAAUUUCAUAUCUUUGAUCUGCGGAGUGAAGAAAUAAAUUGAGAGAAGGUCAUCAAAGUUUUAAACACGUAACUUACGAAGUUGCGAAAAGAAACACAAACUUAUUGUAAAUAAAAUACAACUUACGAGCUGGGUGUUUACACUGUACAAGCCCAUACAGAUCGGACGCGAAUGUUUUAUCGUGCUUGUAAGCAAAACUGAGAAUCUAUAGAUCUGUUUGGAAAGUUUAUGAAUACUUAUUAGUUGAGCAGGAAGUGGGUGUGUCAAAAAUUAAUUACACUGUAUUGAGUUUACAUACUUCUAACGUUUGAUUGGAGGCAAUUUAAAUAAAUAAUUUACAAUUUUACACGGCUAUAGAAUUUGGAAGUGUACAAAAAAUGCUGCUGCUGGUCUGCACUUAUAGUGUGAUGUUCUAUAUACUACCAAAAACAAAACAAAACAACAAAACACAAACCUGAAACAAUAGCCAGAACCCAGUUUUAAUCUUUGGUGAGAUUAAAACAUGUUUAAACACAAAUUUCAGUUAUUUCAGCUGCGAAUUCGCAAUGGUCUAUCUAUAUAUCUAUAAGUAAGUAAUCUGUAAAGGGUAUAUUCCAUCACGGUAGACGUGCAGAUGUGCAGAUGUGCAAGUGCUUAUGUUAAAAAUACAAUUACAGCGUCAGCGUUUUUAAAGAUGGCAAAUGACGGCCUCUUUGAAAGCCUCUACGGACUGCUUUUCAAUGACGCUAUUUGGUCUGCAUAGACUGGAGGACUAAACAGAUUUUAAUUGUGCAAAAUUUUAAACAAAAUAUGUCUUCUUUUUAGGACUGGAAGUUGGUCCCCGGGGACUAUCCACUCCAUAACUUUUACGGUGUAAUUGGUACACGACCAUCAUUUGGCGCUGGCAAGCUCUACCCAGAAUUCAGUACAAAAUGGAGAGCAAAAGGCUACGGACAAGUCAGUGUAAGCGUUUUCGAGAUAUCCUAACGUUAACGAUAACGACUCUAACGAUAUCACGGGGUUUGAUUAUGAUAGUCCAGGGAGGUGUAGGGCAAAUGUGUGGGGAUAUAAUUUGAGGCUAUGCUCACACUAUUACCGGAUAGCUUUUGCCCCGGCACGAAAACCAUACUGGAUUUCACAGCGGUCAAACGAGUGAAAUUUGCAAAAGUUAAGCGAAAUACUUCAAAGUUAAGGUUGCUACUUUCACUAUCGAAAGGUUAGGGUAUUACCAACAUCCUGUUAGUUUACUAAACUUUUUAAAAGUUUACUAAAAAAGUUGUAAGUGAUUGAAAACCGAUGCUGACGUUAUUAUCGGCGCCAUUUCCAAACAUGAUUCUCUUUUAGCGCGAAGCGUUUUCAGCGAAAAAAGCUCAAAAUUUUGAGAAAAAUGGAAAGAUAGUUAUGUUGACUAACUGAUUUAUACAUCUUUGCCCAUUUUUCUCUAACUGGUAAAUGAAAUCCCAGCAAUAAAAAUCAAAAAUAACGAUUUAGACGUUUGACCGCGGUGGUAUACUGGAUAGGGCUCCUGUAACGGAGCGAAGCUGUGCCAAGUCGUGCAGACCUCUAAAAGUGGAGAGUCACUUUUCGGAUAGGUGAUCAUACUUACCGGAUAGCUUUUAGUGUCCGCACGAAAAGCUAUCCCGGUUUAGUGUGAACAUAGACUGAGUCAUUCCGUAAUUCGUUCUCAAGAAGUAAAUAUGAAAUCAAGGGAUCAGCUGCUAUUUUGCCACUUGACUUCUACAAUCACGCGGCAAAAAUGAUUCGUGGUCAUCAGAUACAGAGUGAAGUAGAGCGGAACGCAGUCCCCUUAUUUUGGUUUUCCUCUUAGUCAUCAGCGCAAGUGCGCGGAUCAGUCAGAUCUUCCGCCCCGUCCCUCGUCCCUGUGAACAAAUUUCUAUGAAUUUUACUAUCAUAAUGAUAGAAAUGUGAUAGUAAAUUUUAAGCGUGGGGUACAUGGGAAUAUGUUCAUUCAGUCAGUGACAAGGCGGUUCAAGAAAUUAUUCGGCGGCAUCAUGUUACGUUACAGAGUGAGGAAGUUCGAAACCAUAGGCGUACGGGAAAUUUUUUGCCAGGGGGGGGCGGUAAACCAUUUGCCCAAAAAAUUCUCGCAAGUUGCCCGAAUUUUUCGGAAUCGUACAGUCGAAAAGAAACGAGGGCCAUACGAUGCAACAACAGAGGCCGCACUGGCAUAUGAGGGUGGCGCGAUACUGUAACAGUUUUUCAGGGUCAAUACCUCCCAAUUCUGAGCAUAACUACGUCGCCAUAGACAAACAUUUGGAAAAAUUGCCACCACAGUUUUAUUAGAUAAAGUUGAAAAUUUGGCAUGAUCAGGAAUGUAAUGACAUCGGAGUUGUCAUAGCAACUAAAUGACGCCAUUGCCUAUAUUACUUGCAGUAAUAUUUCUCGGCACAGGGAACUGUUCUUACAAAAUCGUUCACGGAAACUUUUUCCUCAAAUAGUCGCCUCGAUGUUCGUGAAGUUAAAACGGAAACUGUGAGAGUGUUAUUGGGAUAUUUUGGAAUGACGUUUUCAUCGUUAGAAAUAUGGUAAAAAACGAAAAUCUUGCUGUUUGGCCGUUAUCGAACUGAGAACCAGUCAGCCACUUCUUCAUUUUCAGAUCUAUUGCUGAUGCUAUCUGCCAUACACUAUUCUACGAGCGGGAGAUGAUUCUAUUAAGAUAUGCGGAAGUUUAUUCUAAUCAAUUCACGACUGGAGAGAGCCCAUUCCAGUUAGUGCAGUGCAGUACAGUGCUCAACAGUAAAAAACCUGAUAUAAACCUGAUGAAGACUGGUAUUGGCCAGUCGAAAUAUCGCAACUUAACUCUAUUUCAUGUUGUUUGAUCAGUCCCUGCAGAAGUCUUCUUGACUGUAACGUUUUGAUCUAUUUUGACUGAUCACGAUCUUUUCGGAUCCGACGUUGAGCAGGAUUGAUCGUACACGGUUUUUGCAGUGGUUUUUUUACCUCAACUAAACACUUUAAAAAACUAUAAAUAUGUAAAUCAACGUGUGAUACCCUUUCCUAUUAACCAGAAACUCAUCACGUGCUAGACAACCUAUGUCUCGAGAGAAUGUAACUUGAUUAUUACGUCGACCGACGUCAGGAUUUUUGUCAGAAUAAAAUAUAAAAUAUUUAUCUCUUCAAAAUAACAUUAAAAAAAAAAACAGCGAAACGUCUUUAAAACCUGGCUUUGCCCAAAUUUUCUCUAGCUGCCCAAAAAAUCUGAGUUGCCCAAAAUUUGGGGGGGCUGCAGCCCCCCUCGCCCCCCCGGCCCGUACGCCUAUGCUCGAAACACAGUCCGAUAGUCACUUGCUCGAUGUGUGGAUCAAUCGGAUCAAGCGCCUCGUAACUGUUAAAAAAGCAAUUACACACAAAACUAAUCUUGAAAACAUCUAUAUUUUUUCGCAGACACCUGGGGGAAAGAGUUACGAUGCGGCAUAUGUCGUGGCGGUUGCGUUGGAUCGAAUGAUAAAGCAUGGGUCUAAUGUCAAGGAAACCUCACUGGGAUUCAAUUUUGACAGCGAAGACACCAGCAAUGUUUGGAAACCAGGGAGAACACUUAUGGAAUACAUUAAAAAUGUACGUGGAGGAAAAUAAGAAAUUUAAAUGUAACAUAAAGCUUUUCAACAAGCUCAAUUUAUCUUUUCUUUUUUUCUUUCUUUCUCCUCUUCUUUAUCCAGGUAUCCAUGGAUGGUAUAAUGUCACCGCUUUCAUUUGAUGAAAAUGGUUCCCCCGUAUAUGCUGAAUAUGAUAUUGUUAACUUCGCAAGAACUGGAUUCAUUCAGGUCACCAAGAAAACAAUUUUCUUUUUAUUCUCUUUUUAACUCACUUAAAUCGACUUAUAUUUUUGUUUCUGUGCCUGCCAUUUAUUGCCUUUAUUUUCAGCGAGCACAUCCGGCCAUCGCUGUUUCAUUCACUGAUAUUGCGACAAGUUUAAUAAUGUUAAAUAAAACAAUCACCAAGCCUGGUAAGAAUAAGGUCUAAAACUCUAAAUGAAAUUAAAAAUUUCACAAAGACACAUUUUUCUUUACACUGAGAAAUGCCUGAUCCCCAAGGAUAGGGAAAGGCUUGAAACUUACAUGGGAUCAGUGACAACAAUAACGUGUCCACUUCUAAGGCAAUGAUAAAAGAGUGGUAAUCAGUGAUUAGGCAGAAAGACGCACUUAUACGCCCGAUGUUUGAAAACUAGGGUCCUUGUUUGUGCUUUGUUAAUGGUUAUUAAGAAAGUUUUGAUUUAUUGUACACGUGCAGGUCGGUCGCUGGAGCUCACGAGAUGGCGUAGUGAUGGAUCCUCGGAAGCCUGUCUAUUGGCUUUCAGGCUCUGUAGCAGUUCCCAAAGAUAGCUCGGCAGUUGUUGAAAACACAACCAUUAGGGUAGUCACUGUCAUAGUAAGUAUCCGUCAGUUUUGUUAUUUUCAUUUUGUUUAUGUUUUUUUAAUAGCCUUGUUUGUGGCUUCUAAUCCAUUUUCGUUUUAUGCCUCGCUGGAGAUUUGCAAGUACCACUCCUUACUUGUUUUGAAUCUCGUUACGUCGACGACUGGACGUUACAGUUCAUAAUGAAACUCAGUUUCAAUGGUUGCAACCAUCAUACUAGACUCAUCAGCAUCGUGAAUUUCCUCAUUAUCCUAAUUAUUCAUUAUCCUAAUUAUUCAUUGAUAUGUUUUUAAAUAAUUCCUUGUCAAGUGUCUGCCAUAUCAUAAGUUUAAAAAAGAAUGGAAGUCCUGUCUUCUAACCAACCAAAUCUGACCUUAGUAUAUGUUCUAUCACUGAUAUUAUUUGAGAUUUUAUUCCACUCUUUACUGCUGCCAAUUAUUUCAAUAUGACGGUGUCCAACAAGAAAGCUCUUGCUACUUUGGACACCGUACACAAAUGAACUUAAUAUCUUUUAGUUAAUUAUUAUUUGUAGCUACUUUAUUUUCCUACUAUGUACACUUUUGUAAAUAUCUUGUAUAGUGUGAAUAAAGAAUUGAAUUGAAUUGAACUCUUAUUUCGUUGACUGACAACAUUGACUUCGAAAAUCACGGAUUUUCCGAGGCGGAAACAUUUUAUCACAUUAGGCGAUUAACCUACCGAGAGAGAAACUUUUGACAGAGUAUUUAGUAUACAGUACAAAUAAUACUGUAAUGUAAAGAAAUUUGUGUGGUUUUAAAUUGUAAAUGAUUGUAAAAUAUUAAUAGAGUAGCGUUGCUAUUUUGCGGCUCAGCACAAAAUAUAAUUUGUUUUCUUGACAAAUGUAAAUUGCUUUUAUUGUUGUAGUGACCAAAUGUUACAUUACUUCGUCUAGGAAAAACCAUUCGUUUUCGUCAAGCAAUCAAAGAGUGGGAAGACGACUUACGAUGGAUUGUGUAUUGACUUACUUGAAAAGCUUAAGGAAAGUAUGAAAUUCAGGUACACGAUAGAAGUGUCUCCUAAUAACAUGUAUGGGGCGCCAAACGUGUUCUCUGGGAAGUGGAAUGGAAUGGUCAGACAUCUCAUGGACGAUGUAAGUAGUAUUAGCCUAGCCUUUUUAUAUCCCUAAGAUCGCUUUAAACGGAUUGGCAAUCAUGUCCACUGCUGAAUGGUUAUGAGAUCCUUGAAUCUAAGGCUGUAGAGUUCUCUUUGGCUUCAGUGUCCUAUAGAGUGGGAGACACGGGAGCUACGGAACGGCCUACUACAUGUCUCAGUAUGAUCUGUUUCCGUUCCUUCAAUCUACACGCCUUCCGCCGUCACUGACGAGAAGUUUACUCUUAACUUCAUGAAAUAUGAAAAUUUCUACUUAAUAACUAACGCGCCUUUUAAGUUAAAAAAAAUGAGUAAAACUGUCUUCCGACUUACGUAACAGAGCUUAUCUGUUUCCUCCAGCUAUUUCGCCGAGUUGUUCGUCCUGAAAUCCCCGUUUCAAUUAGAUUUUUUAUAUAGUUUAAUUCAAGGUUUAUCGUAGUGGUUAGAAUUAGCUAAAUACCACAAUUUUUAUUUCUCGCAGAAAGCAGACCUUGCAAUUGGUCCUUUCACAAUCAGUUCCAGUCGACAAACAGUCAUUGAUUUCACUCAGCCUUUCCUAGACGUUGGUCUGUCAAUAGUUAUGAGGAAAGAGGAGGACAGUAAAUACAAAGUGUUUUCGUUUCUCCGUCCAUUUGACUUUAAUCUGUGGUUGGCAAUAGUUUUUAGCACUUUAGGUGUCGGUGUGUUUCUGUGGUUCCACAGUACUUUCAGUCCGUAUGGUUACCAUGGAAGAGUGGCUCAGGCAAGCGACCAGAGAACUGUUAAAAGGGAAGAACUGAGAACCAAAGGCUAUUUGCGGUUUUAUAACGCCAUUUGGUCUUCGUUUGCCUAUUAUGUCAGUCAAGGUCCUGAUGUUUUACAUCCGGUAUCAUUAUCCGGAAGAAUCGCUGUGGGUGUUUGGUGGUUUGCAGUACUGAUAAUAGGUAUUUACCAAGUGUUUAUAGUAAUCAUCUUAAUACAAAAAUCUAGCAAAGCCUAAAAGCAGAGCUCCUGUUAAAUACUGAAUACUUGAUAGAUUUUUUUUUAUCUCUAUUAACCCGAUGAAAAAAUUAAAAGAUCUCAAAGCAUGUGUCAUCUUGAUAGGAAGUACAUCAGAAGCAUUAAAAUCACGGAAGAUGAAGGAUAUAUUAUUUCGACACCUGUCAAUCGGCUUUGAAUAGAAUAAUAUAUAUAAAUUCCAAUCACUAUAUACUAAAACAUCGGAUAGUGUUUUCCGUGUGCUCUGAUUGUGCGACAGAAAGAUCGUAUUCUUGUUAUUUAAAUAUUGUGUAAACUGAUGUGGAAUUUCCCGUUGGCUUCAGCCUGACCUUCACGUGACGACCAAAGGUUUUCGCAUGGGUCAAUCCCCUAUUUACGUACCUUACUGCUCCGAUCCGCGCACGGGCUUGAGCUCCACUUUGAAUUUCGAAGUCUUUGAACGUUUUUAUGUGCCAAUAUUCUGAGUGGAAUGAGAAGAGACGAACGAUUAGGCCCAAACCGAAACUGCUAUCAAGUUCAUGCGUUAUUUUAAACCAAAAAAAAAUCCUUUUUUUUUUCGAAGGUGCCACAUAUACAGCGAAUCUGGCAUCAUUUUUGAUCGUUCAACGAUUUCAGACCCCAAUCCAAUCAGUGGAAGACCUAGCACGUCAAACUAAGAUCGAGUACGGAAUCCCUGGAGAGGGUCAGACACAAACAUUCUUCCAGUCUUCAAGUAUUCCAACCUAUGUCACAAUGUGGGAGUAUAUGAAGUCAAGUGGCACAAUCCUCAGGAAUGCCACGGAGGGAAUAAAAAGGGUUCGAAAGGAAAACUUCGCCUUUAUAUUUGAUUCGCCAGUGCUCGAAUAUCAUGUUCAACAACCACCAUGCAACACUCUCCAUACGAUGGGAAGGUAACUAUAUUUUUUAAGACCCCCUUUCACAAUUCUAAAUAAGGCUUUUUGCUGUGAACACGGCGAGUUUGUGAUUUUAAUCUCAUUGAUUACUUAGUAGUCAUUAAAUGAGAUAUUGUGAUCGCCCAGAUUUAAGUUUCGCUGGUGCACUAUAAACCAGCUAGCGUCUUUCACUUGGGUUGUUUGCUGCCUUCCUGCAGUGUUGAGUUUGACUGUUUAUUGUCUACAGGAUUUUUGGCAAGUUUGGUUAUGGUUUUGGCCUUCAGAAGAAUUCUCCAUUUACUCAGCAUUUUAGCGUCAAUGUUCUGGAGCUCCGACAGAAGGGCUACAUGGAAACAAUGAAAACAAAAUGGCUGAGUGGAACGUGCGAGAAGGACACAGAGUCACGUAAGUGGUCUCAUUACCUUAAUUUUAAUAUACAAAUAUGCAAGUCCUUGACCGCACAUGAGAUACUUUAGUUAUAAAUGGAAAAUUGUUCUGUGAUUAUGCGUUAUUACCUUACUAUCCCAAUAUUUAGUUCACUACGUAAAAGAUCUUUAAUAGGUCAACCCUCUUUCUAUUCCCUAGGAAUUGAAGAUUCUUGGAUCAAUUUUGGUUUCUGGGAAACUGCCCACCUACCCCUCCCCUAAACUAAAAUUAACACUUACUUCUCACUUUGGGCAAAAUGAUGGCUUAGGGGAGGGGUAGGUGGGCCGUUCCCGAGAAACCUAAAUUGAUCGAUUUUUUAUAUUUUACCUUCCUGAACAACGGGCGUUUCUUGCGGAUAAAGGAUCGAAGAGAACAAUGCUAUCACACACUCUAUAACAAAAUAAGGCAACAAACGGAGAAACAUUUUUUGGCCGAACUAAGGAAUACCCUGAGACUUUUUGGACACAUAGCGAUUCAAGCAAUUAUGUGUUUCUUAUGUUUCAGAGUCCACCUCUUCUAUUAACACAUCUGGGGAUGUGCUCACGUUUACAGACUUGUCAGGUGUAUUUUACUGUGUGAUUUUUGGUAUGGUUACCAGUGUGCUUGUGUUACUCGGCGAGCUUUUUAUCGAGGCUCACAAGGAUACAAGGCAAAAUAACAAAGAGGUAGUAAAGACUGGUUGAUAUAUAUAUUUUUCGCAGAUGAUAACUAAUAACUGCAGUUAUAAAAGCUUUUAUUGUAGGUCCUAAGAGGAGAAGGAGGUCAUAAAUAUAGAUAAACAAAUUAAUAAAUGAGUCAUAAAACAAAAAAUAAUAAUAAUUGUACUUUUUGGACAGAUCCCUCCAAGAUGAGCUUUAACGGCAAUGUAGCUUCAGUUUUAAGCCUAUGAACAAUGAUGGCUAUUGACGGUAACGAUAUAAUAGCAACCGGGUUUUCAAAGAUAGUUAGUUUUGAACGAAUGUAAUCGAUUUCCUUAUAUACUAUGUAUCUAUUUUUUUCUUCAAAAUAGAUUAAAAUCUACUAAAACAAUCAUACAAUACCUUAUUUUACAAUUAUUUCGUAUCUGAAAAUUCUUAAAAUAAGGUAAUUAAACUUUUGCUUGUAAAACUAUUAUUGUUUUCAUCAUCUUCAUCGUCAUCAUCAUCAUCAUAGAAAUUAUUUUCUUCAUCAUCAGCAUAAGAAUCAUCAUCAUCAUCAUCAUCAUCAUCAGGGUAUAAGUAGUAAUUGCAGUCUGCUUCAAAGGCCACCAACUUUUCCGUCCGUGAAUUCUAGCAUGGCGAACAUUAACCUUUCGAAAUCAGAUUUUUUUUAGAUUUUAGUGUUAUAAUCAAACUUACAAUAAAUAAAUGUUUUUCUUUUUUAUCAUUAUUAUUUUACUCUAGGCUCGAAUAGAGGCCCUGAAGAGACGCGUAAUAACAUCAUGGCGAGCGUACCAAGGAAGGACUCGGUCCAGUCCUUCGUCAGUCGACCCUGUAGAAACUCAAGGAAAGGAUUAUUCUGAUUUAUUUCCUCGCAGGCUUUCAACAGAAGAACUAAGCAUUGAAGAUUUAGAGAAGAGGAAAAGUAGCCAUAUGAAUGGUUUUGUAACCAAAGCCAACGAUGAAGGACACGACAAUGAAGAAAAAUCGAAGGGCUAUAGGAAAAGUUCCGUCGUAUAGCCUGUUGAGAGUAUGAAAAGCCGCAACGCAAAGACUAGAAUAUCUAAAGUUAUUAGAUAAAGCUGGAUUUGGGGAAGAUGAAAAAUUAUGAUGAUAGAGGAAGUUGCUUUGCCUUAUCUGAAUCUUAAGGCCUCGCAGAAUAACGCUUUAGUACGAAAGCCGAAUUCAUUUAUGCUUGUUGUUGAGCUCACAUAUGCAGACGAUACCGACGUUCAGUGGCAUUUUUGUAUUAAUUUUGAACAAAAGACUUUUGAUCACGUCAAUUAUUCGUUCUUCUCAACGUGGCUAGCGUUUGAGAUCACCGGCCAGUCAGUUUCUUGCUUUCGAGCUCUGCAAAGCCAUCACCUUUUUGUGGCGUCAUUUGUGCAAUGCUUUUAUUCAUCUCUGGAGGAAUGGCCGAAGUAUUUCAAGCUUUCGGUCAGCGUGAGCGUUAACCGGUUGUAAUGGCCGAAAGUUGACUGGUCGAUCUAAGUCAGGGAGAAGUAAUUUAAAUGAAUAAUAAUGAAAGUGAUACUAUUUCUUACGACUAGUUUGACAUGAAAGAGUAGUCAGGGCUACCGCCUCUACAAUUAGUACCAAAACUGCCUAGUAAAAUAAUGUAAAAUAUGUACAUAUGAGAUUGUUAUUAACGUAAACAUGAAAAUUGCUUUGUUUUUCAGUUUACAAACCUGCGUCAUGCUUAAUUUGGUAAAUCUGACAAUUUUAUUUGGAAAAUGACCAAUUUUAAACGCAUUGGUGGCGUAAAUUAAGUAUUGUUUCUUUUUAACAGUGGCCUAUCUUUUUAAUUCAAAACUUGAGAUAUAUCUCAUCUUAAGAUGGCUUGGACAAUCCACCUCUAGGUAAUCAAUACCUUUGAAUAUUGGCGUAAUCAUUGAACUUCCAAAUAUCAUUGAUGAACCAUAAUUAUAGCUACAUAGCAUUAUUAAGUCAUUGUUAGUAGCCAAAACUCAAUCAAAUGGCAUAGAAUUUCUUUUUUUGUUACAAAAAAGCAAUCGAUGAUAAAAAAAAGCCAUUUAGUAGCCCUGAUGUAGUUCUGCAGCUAUUGUUCAACCAUAGGAUGUUUCUAUAAGGUUCGGUUACCAUUACCAAUUUAUGAAUUUUUAUCAAACAUUCAGAAAGGUUGGUGGUAAUUGUUCUCUUCUCUGAAUUGCUCUCUUAAAGAGCCCAAGAGUCAUGGGGUCCUGUUCUCUUUUACUUUCAUGCUUGUUGCAUCAUAAACGCAGCCAUUAUGAUAGCUUUCCUUAGCGCUAUAAUUUUCUUUAGGGGCGGCCAGUAAAACUGUCAACUUAAAACACGUUUUCUAAUUUGCCACUUUUGAAACGAGAAGUAAACUGGGCCGAGCUGACUUUCGCAAAGACUGCUGGGACAGUUACUGGCCAACAGGCAACAGCCGACUGACGCGUCCCAGUAGAGAUCCCAGAAACAACCGCGGGACGCAUUUUGAUUCCAGUUCCCCUCCCGUUUCUAAAAAGGCGCAUAAAUGAUAAAAAAACGAAUAUGAUGAGUGUCAGUUUACAGACAUCAGAUGAACUCUGGCACACACUGUUUUUCAUGUCUACAAAGGCAAUAAGAUCGAUUUAUUUCGUUAUGGACUAAAGGAUGACUAGAAUUUGCCUUGAAGACACUUGUUGGAUAAGUUAUGGUUACUCUUGAAAAUAAUAACUUACAUGUAUUGUUCUUCAAACAGUGGGCUAUGGUAAAUUAAAGAAAUGGUAAUAAAAAUUAUUCAUUUUGUAAAAGGAUUAUUACAUGUUGUGUUUUUAUAAUGACUAGUGGACCCUCGCGUUUUAUUCGCAGCACGCCAUCCAUCGUUAUUGAAUCACAGCAGAAAUCUGUGAUUGCAGCAAAUGUUGUUUGGGAAGUCAUACUGAGUUAAAGAUAAAAGAUUUCAAUUUUCUGUGUUAUUGAUGGUCUCUUUGCUGAAGUCAUGAUGAGUCAAUGUCACAAGUAGAAUAUGACAAAAACACACUCAAAAAAGUUCAAAUAAGAAACUUCAUUUGUUUUACUGGCCCAACAAAACAGAUGUUUUGAAGUUUUGAUGUAGAUAGCUUAAGUGUGCAAAAAGAGGACAUGAUGAAGUUUUUACAGACGACUUUCGUGACCUUUUCAAUUAUGUUUCUUCAAGUCUUUCUCGUGAAUGGCCUGAUGUUGAAAGUAGGUAAGUUAACAAAUUUAUCAAGCAGAAGGAUAUUGAAAUAAGUAUCACUUAAUAGACAGGUCAGUUCCGAUAACUAGGGCAUUUUAAAAUACGGUGACUCGCGCUUAUCAUUUCUAUUCAAAGUUUUUAUUAGCCUACAAUAUUGCUGUUUACAUUUGCGAAUUAUAUUAUGCAGAUUACAACGCAUUAUUUACUGAACGAGUCGUUUAACCUGUAAUAUUAAUCUCUAGAAAGUUUAAAGCCAUUGUUCAACCAUCGUUCGAAGGCUACUUUCAAGUUAAUCACAUGAACCUUAGAGCGCUUGCUUAUCAAAGUCUAUUUCAUUGGGUAGUUCUUUCAUUUCUUUGGAUUUAUGAUCCUAAUUACUUCGACCAUUUCACUGCAGUUAAAGGUGCAAAGAAAAGAAAUAUAUGAAUUAACUUGUCUAACCGCAGACAGUACGGUUUCGGCCUUCUGGGCCUCGUCAGUGCAGUGCAGUGAUGCUAGGAUGAAGGUAAAAUUGACUUGCCGGAGAGAAAGAAAUAGACACUCACGAGGUUUCAUUAUAGCACUACUGGAUUCAUUCGCAGACUCAAAGGGUCGCAGUGCAUACUGAAUAAAUGGCCUUUACUACGUUUAAGUUGUCUGCUUAAGAGGUUUGAUUACUGCUUUAGACUAGUAAUCUAAAGAAGAUGCUGCAGAACAUCCCACAAGGCUCCUAGAGAGUUCAUUUUACGUUUCUUUGAUCGCUUUUUUUCUGUUUCUUGUGAAUAAAAUGUUGCUAAAAGGAGCCAUUUUCGAGGACGUAUCAUUAGUAAGAUCUUUCCUUGCCGCUAUUGCUGAUGUCAACGAAGAUCCCAAUAUUCUGCCAGGAAUACAGCUUCAAGCCGUCAUCAAUAUAACCAAACCACUGGACGCUUUUGACAAUUUAAAAGCAGGUAACUAAAUAAUUAUACCUCAUCCAUUUGUUACCAAAAUGAAUCAACAAUCACAGGCUUAAGCUCUCUAAAGUUGCCCCGAACCUUAAAUUCCUGGCUUGAAGUGGCGAGUGCAUAGGACGUUAGCCUGUAAGCAGGCCCACGUGUGCGAGUUCGUGGAAAAUUUUGGCUUCGCGAGCCGCCGGGAAAUGGGGCGAGGAAAAAAGUACUUUACCUCGCACGCUGGCGGCAGCGCCGCCAAAAUUUUCCCUGAACUCUUAAAAGUGAGCCUGCUCGCAGGCAAAUAGGACGUACACCUUUAAGUAUCGUUGACAAUUUAUUAGCCCUGGCUAAAUAUUAAUAAAGGCCUCUAGCAAUGAAAAUAAUCUUUCUGCAUGCUCAUCUACAGAUGUAGUUGGAUUACUUGCUCAAUUUUGGAACUUGUACCUUUGUAUCAGAGUAAUGAUAUUUUGCAGUAGUUGUACGUUUUGAGCAUAUAUAUUUAUAUACUCCAAUUGAAGCAGCCGCGAUUCAGUGCCCAUUCCAAUCAACUAUAUAAGUAACAGCUGCACUAGCUUUUUAUUAUGAAAAAAGCGGCUAUUCCAGGAAACAUAACAUUUUUCAACUCUUAUCCGUUUUCGAAUAUUAACAUUGACCUCAUUAGAUAAAGAGAUUUUUGAUGCACUUAUGACAAAUGCAGAUACAGAUCUCUUGCCAUUGUUCUUUCCCUUCUCUUUCAGCGCAGUAUUUAGGUCAUCUUGGUGUAGUUGCCAUUGUUGGUCCUUUUAUGUCCUCCGAUGUGAAGUACACCCAGCCCUACUUUUCAGGGUUCCAUAUUCCACAAUUUGCUCCGGUGGCAACAGAUCCGACCUUCUCUUCCAUCCCGGCUAAUUUUCCUUAUCUUGUACGCAUGAGCCCAAGCGACAUUGUUCAGUGCAAGGCCUUGGCGGGACUUAUUGAAUACUUUAACUGGACUCAGUUUGCCCUGCUUGUAUCAAAAGAUGAUUACGGUAAACAAUUUCCAUGACUUAUUUACUCUAAGGGAGGGUAAAUUAUGUGAAAUCGCAAAUAAUAAUAAUAGUAAACACACAAAAAUAUAUAGAGAGAAUCACACCCAACUCGAAGGUAGUUCUGUCUACGGCGAUUUUCUGUUUUGUGUGCCGUCCAAGGAUAAAUAACAACGAAGAGGCUAAGCAUCACGUUAAUAGCAAAGGGCCAAUGGCCGCUUCCUAUUUGUCCAUGGCCGUCUUCUGGAGACUCGGUGCUCUAUGUCAUUCAGGGAACUUCAACAGUUGUCUUUACAUUGGCCACAGGCAGCCGGCCUUCUGCAAUCCGAAAUCGCGUUUAACCGGCGUUUAUGAACUCACUUUUAUCAACUCUUUUAUGUGCAACACGAAAUAUACCGUGUUCUGUUUAACAUGCUUCAUAACCAAAUCUUUAUUCAGUGAACGUAAGAGUCAACUUCUUAAUACUGAAAACGUACGUUGAAAUACAAAACUAAAAUGGUGGAAAAGGAUCACGUUCUCAUCGUCUCUUCCAUGUCACGGCUUUUGUGGUUACAGUCUUUCAACGGACACAAUUUUCAGCUACGUUUAGAUCUCCGCUGCACUUAAAAUACAAUUUAAUUUCAAGUCAAGGUGAUAUCGUUAGCAAGUAUGACAUGCAUGGAGGACUAUUUAUUUCAUUCCUACAGGAAUCAAUGGCCUGUUAGCUCUGAAGGAUGAAGCAUACAAACGAGGUUGGCUGGUUGUAGCACACGAACACUUUGAGCCCAUCGCAGACCCCUUCAAACUCAAAAUUAGUAAACAGCUGAAAUGGAUCAGGCAAACAGGCACUAGAAUUGUUGUUUUGAACUGUUACAAAAAGUACUCGAGGCAGGUUAGAAUGAUAUAUAAUACUAGGGGUAGCCAAUCCACAAAUCUUGAACUUACAGUUUUGUUUGUUUGUUUUUGUUUUUGUUGUUUUUGUUGUUGUUGUUUUCAAUGAUGAUGGGACAAUGAUGAAAUUUGAGUCUGUGCAAUGACUUACCCACUCACUCACUAAAAAGAGUGUCACCAACGGCAAAUUGUCGUCCUUGAUUUUAGCAUGGUUUGGUCUUCUGUUAGGGAUGAAGCAAAGGGAGAAUCCUGUCGAGCAACUCCUCUUGCUCUCUUGCCUUCUCUUCAGCUGCAGUACAUACAUAUUUAAACAGUAAAAAAAUAUAUAUUUUACGGAUUAUCACGGUGACGGGCGUAACUAUGGGGCUACUUUCCUAUACACCUGGUCAUCACGUGGGCAUCGCUAAUAGCUAUUUUGGAAUGGAAUAGGGCAGCUGAUUAAUGCUUGUGUUUUAAUCUGUAAAUAAAACAAAAAGUGCAUGGAGAAAUAUUUUAAAUAGAUCCUCAAGCAAGCAGGUGACCUUGGAAUGACGAAAGACUGGGUCUGGAUUGUUACAGAUGCGCAAACAGAAAAGGUAAGGAAGAGAUACAUUGAAUUUGUGGUCAUAAGAUUCACCAAUAACAGGCGUGACACUUGCGCUCUAGUAAAGACAAAAUAUCAAUAACACAUGAGUGAACAUCAUGCAUUUUAAAGAAUGUAAAUAUUAUUCAAUCAUUCAUUUAUUGAUAUACCUUUACCGAUUCUUAACAGGACUGGCAAACACUCGGCGAUGAAUUCUUCAUAAAUCAGUUUUAUGGAGUCAUUGGCACACGUCUUGCAUUCGGCGAGGGAACUCGUUACAAGGAAGUUGCAAAGCACUGGAAAAGCUACCAACAUGGUGAACUUAAUGUACGUACCCACUGCAAACCAAGGCCAUGAUCUGAUUAAGCCCCGCAAUCCUGGGGAGCGCUCAUCACUAUAACUAUACUUUAAUUAUCCUUCUAAUCUUGCCUUGUCUCUCCAUUGCAAUUGUUACGAUGUUCGUUAAAAUACCAACGAAAAUGAUAUCACAGUAGUAUAGGGAAUAAGCGUUAUAAGUCUGGUGGAUCAGGAAGGACUGUGUGAAUCGACCGUGGGUGUGACGUCACUGAUAAGGAUAAGUGAAUAGAACCUGUGUUAUGACGUCAUAGACCAAAAGAAUACCUUGUACAGCCUUUCUUGGGCCUUCCCGAAGUGGAAUAUAUACUUGAAUGUAUACUCAAUGUACUUAUCAAGUAUAUUGAGCAUUAGGAAACCCCCAAUUAAAUCAGGGGAUUUUCAGAAGGAAGAGAUCAGACCACAUCAUCCAUUUAGCACUUCCAUGUAGGACAACAAGAACCCAUAGUCCUAACUAGCUAUAGAGUAGAGCCACAAAUGAAAAGCAUACGAAUCUUCCUGCCUAGAUUUUAACAUCUUUGUUUUCACAAAUCAGGUUGUUUCAGGAAAGAUUUUUGACUCCACCUUGGUUUUAGCUUCUGCACUUCAUCACAUGGUAUUAGACGGGUACGAUGUCAAAGGGGAAGACGUUGGUUUUAACUUCCACAAGGGCCGUGUCUUGCCAUGGAGAAAUGGAGAAGACUUAAUGAAAUACAUAAAGAAGGUUGGGCUCUUUCAUUAGUUUUUGAAUUUAAGUCACAUUCAAAGUGCUCACUGACUCAAAUAUGUAAAAUAUUAAAGAAGAUUGAACGGACAAUAAAUAUUGCUGUAGUUAUAUUGCGCCAAUUGCAUUUAGAGAACAAACUCCAACAAGUGACAAUGAAUCAUCAGCUUUUUUGUAAAGCUGGUCGCAGAUGGGUCGCUUAUCAAAUAGUAAAGUACAAACGUUAACAAGACAUUGAAUGGUACUCGAAACAUCCAGAGACAACUUAUAACAACAACAAAUAAUGUAAAUUUAAAUGAAAUUGUCAGGUCAACAGAACUGGAAUUAUGAAUGACUUGGAAUUUGAAACAGAUGGAUCGCCAAAAUUUAAAGAUUACGAUAUAGUAAAUUUGGGAAGAACAGGUUUUGUGGAGGUAAGUUGGCAUUUUUUACAUAUAAAAAUUAGAAUAGCUAUGCCAUUAAUAAUGACUUACUGCACGGUUCAAAUAGCUAAAGAAGAAAAGAACGAUACAUGCAUAUGAGGUCAUAUGUCUAUCAGUUCUUGCACGUACGAGAAAAAUCAUACACGUUCCGCAAUUAAAAGUUGGAAUUCAGUUGAUGCACGUAGCCGUUAUUAUAUUUUGAAUAUUUUUUAACAUUCAAGGUUGGUAAAUGGAGUCCGAGAAAAGGAAUUGUAAUGUAUCCUGAAAAACCGGUUUUAUGGCUGUCCCAGUCGCUUAAGGCACCUCGUGACAGAGCAGACACAGUGGAAAACGUCAGCAUUCGAGUUGUAACAGUAGUAGUAAGUAAAAAACGAAAGAACAUUUUUCUAGCACAAGACUCAUUGACUCUCGAAACUUCUUUGACGAUUUUAUUUUGACAAUUUUCUCCACUUUAGAUAGGUACUAUACAGUUUUAACUUUUUUAUCUCUUUCCUUCUGAUUAUCCCAUCCAAUCCAAUAAUUUUUCUCAUUUAGUUCCUGUAACGUCAUCAAUUCUCUAGCCUAUUGUAAUAGACCUUAUUCGCUCAUUUGUUUUGUUGCCCCAAUUAAGAUCGAUAUGACGAUACUCAAAGGAGUUUUCUGUUUCAAAAUUGGACAUAUUCAUCCUCCCAGUGUGCACACUUGCUUCUAAAUGUGCAAAGGUUUGACUUUCCGUCAUUUAAAUUGUCACAUGCUUGACUGGAGACAAGACAGCCACAGCAUAAGUGAAUAUAAAGUCUAUCACAACACAUCAUUUACCAAACACUUAUUCUUGUUUUGGUGAGGAAAUUUUAGAAGACUCGAAAGUGUGAGGGCCGGGUUACUUAACGUCCUUUAUUUUUUUUAAAAAAAAGUCACUGACAUUUAAUCGCCCUCAAAGAUUAGUUGCCUAGUAUCUACUCAUCCGCUGUGUAAUUUGUUGCCCAGAGUUAAAGAAUCUUCAAAACGUCUAAGAACUCGAACGAACCUAUCAAGUUUUAUUAAUAGACUGUAUUUUAGACAUUGUUUUACUUUUUAACUAAUAAUAUUAAACAUGUAAAUAAUUUAUAGGUAUGUAUUUAUACUUGUAUAUCAAAGACCAACGGCAGAGUUUAAGGUACAUAAUCAUAUCAACUUUGAAAUGCAAGCAAGAAGAGAGUCAAGAGAUACAUCCCGAUAUAAACAAGUUUGCACACUAAAGAAAAUCCGCCUCUCAUUUUUUAGAAUAUACAUUGUAGUGAAUAUUUUUGUGCCAAGUCAUUUUUUAUGCAAGCGAUUCACUGACAUUAAGCAAAUGAUACAUCAAUUCAAGCCGGUAUCCAGUGCUAUGACAUAAGCAUUUUUAUGCCUGUUUUUUAGGAACCGCCAUUUAUUGAACAAGAAGACGUUAAAACAGGCGAAAAGGUGUACACGGGAUAUUGUAUAGAGCUGCUCGACAGACUUCAACUUGACAUGAAGUUCAAGUACACAAUUGAAGUCUUACCAGUAAAUGUUUAUGGAUCAAAGGAUUCAUUCAGUCAAAAGUGGAAUGGAAUGAUGGAAUAUUUGGUAGACAGGGUAGGUUUUUUUACCAGUAUUUUCGUGAAAAGAAAAACUCUCUUUUCUCCUUACAAUAAGGGAUUUUUCUUAACGCAAUCUAUUAAUUAAUUCAACAAUUCAUAAUAAUAACAACUUUAUUUCCCAUAAAUUUUAAUGGAUGCCUUACAUCUUGCUGGUCUCCACUUCUAAUCAGUCUAGAUCUUUUUAUCCCACCUUAUUAUUCAUUCAAAAUAUUUCCCCAUUCUGAUUGGCUAAAAGCAUACGCACAAUUCACCAUAACCAGUUACUGAUGACCAAAUUUGGAAGAAUUCUAGUUUAACGAGGAAACGACGUCAAAAAUGCAGCCUUCUACAGGUUAAUGCACCGUUCACCGAGAUGACCUGGGGACGAGAUUGAGUUGUUUUCGUUGUGAGAACUAAAAUGGCGGGUACCUCACUCGUUUCAAGAGUAAAAACUACAGCUGGAACUAGGCGAAAUAAUGGCUGAGAACAUAGCAAAAACAGCAAGAAGACAACUCGGAGGGCGAUAUCUGCUAUUUGGAGAAUAUUUGCGGAGCUGGACAAACCUAUACGUACACUAUCGAAGAUAAACUUAAGAUCGAUUCAGGUAAGCUUGUUUUAGCUAUGUUUUUAAACUAGGAAUUAUUUUGAUUGAAUAAUAAAGCAAUUAAUGAAUUCGGCUUUCGCAGGAUAUGAAGAAUUAAGCAGAUCUCGGAGGGUGUUAUCCAUCUCGGCCUUCGGCCUCUGUGGAUAACACGCUCCGAGUUCUGCUUAAAGGGACUGGUUCACGAUAAUGCGCAUGUGUGAGUUCUGACAGUAGCUGAUUGUUUUUCAACCAAUCGGAAGCGAGUUAGAUGCACGCAAGUAAAUUUACAAAAUUCAAAUUAAUUGUUCGCGACGCGAGAGUAUUUCCGGGCAUUUGGUUUGAUUUUAUUUAUCCCCAUAAUUCAAUUUUAUUCUUUGCUACUCCUCAGACAUAUGUUGCAGCCGAUAAGAAUAAGAUUUACAGCCCUGUCCUGCUUUGAAACAAACAUUUACCAACGUGUAUUUUUACGAGGUCGUACCCGCUACGCUAAAAACAGUCACCGAUCGGCAAACAAAAUUUGUAAACAAACAUCUUAUUACUGUUCUCUCAGUUCGCCUUAUAUAAACCCAGAAAUACCUACAAAUAGCGCCGGACCGGUGACAAAAACACACAACGUAUGAGUAUAAAGAUUAUCCUUAAUUGAGCAUAAAUUUCAAUUGCUUAUCAGCAAAUGAACAAAUUCAUUCGCGUUGCAUCGGGUCAGUGUUCCGCAAAACAAAUGUUAUCGAGUAGCACACAUAAAGAAACUAGAUUAUGAACAGAAUAUUCAGGCAAUAAUUUAUUUUAAAAACAUCAAUUCUUAAACAUAUACGAUCGUAAAGCAAAGAUACAAGGAACAUUUCAAGUGUACCAGAUCGGUGAAGAUCGCGCGGCCUGUUGCGGUAUAACUACAGGUCAGAGUCAAAAAUCAAAUCAAAGUUGAACGAACUAAUGCCUUUAACCACUUUCCAAGUGUCGUGUAUUCUUUUCGUAUGCCACACACUACUCCUAGAACCAUACCAGAUCGAUAGGCUAAGCUUCUCUAUCUCCAGAGACUCUUGAGAACGUCCUGUUGCCGGACGGCCACGAUGCUCUUCUCAACCUCCAUGAUCAAAAAAAACGUAAAACGUAACCAGUCAAACGACACAACCAGACGUUAAUCACCACUACCGAAGUAUAACUAGACCAGCCAAAGCGACGGAUGUCCGAAUAAAACGAAGGAUUUUCAAUGAUUGUACCGGUAAUGGCGAUUUCGAAUUUAGUGUUGACCCAACAAAUUUAUUCUGAAGAGACAAACGGCGCGCAUGCGCAUUAUCGUUAACCAGUCCCUUAAAUUCUUCAUAUCCUGCGAAAGCCGAAUUCAUUAAUUGCUAAUUAAAGGAUGAUAAACUAAUCUUUCAAAACUAUGUAAUUUGUGGUUUAGUUAUAGAAUUACGAAAAAAAACCAUUUUGACAUUCGAACAAUUUAAUAAGCAUUAUUUCUGUCACAUAACAUACAGCUAGGUAACAGUUUCACACGAUGAAAAUUUCCGUCCAGGUGAUGAACAUCUCCCACUUGUCGCUGUCAAUCUCUGCAAUUCGGGCAUUUCCUUUAGAUGCGUACAUACUGAUGAGCCUAAGCUACCCCUGCCCGCUUAACGCUAAUCCAUCCAUCUAUUCAUUCAUAUAUUAUUCUUCUUCAAUGAUAACAAUAGUAAUAAUAAUAACAUAUUGUCGUUUAUUUUUUAAAUUUAUUUUGUUCAUUCAUCUCUUGAUACCCUUGUUAAUUGAUUUACAAAGGUCUUUAUAGAAGUGAAAAGAGCGUGGCUCGUAUGUAUUUUAAAAUUGUUCUUAACAGAAAGCUGAUCUCUCCAUUGGACCACUAACCAUCAGCCCUCUGCGUCAAACAGCAGUGGAUUUCACACAGCCCUUCAUGCACCUUGGUUUUACGAUUCUUGUCAGAAAAGAUUUCAAGGAGGAUUACAAAAUGUUUUCUUUUCUAAAGCCUUUUAAUUCUAACCUUUGGAUAGCUAUGGCUGUGGCCACGAUUUUAGUUGGUUUUUUCCUAUGGUUGCACUCUACCUUCAGUCCGCGAGGCUAUCACGGGAGAAUUGCCCAGUCACGUGAUCAUCACUCCGUCAAAGAAGAUCACUGGAGCACACGUGACUGUCUGCGGUUAUUUCAAUCCACAUGGUCAUCGUUUUCAUAUGCCGUUGGUCAGGGUGCUGAUACAGCACAUCCAGAGUCUACAUCCGGGAGAGUGGUUGCCGCAUUCUGGUGGUUUGCAGUGCUCAUCAUAAGUAAGACUUAGAGUAAGACAACUUGAGUGUCAGUCACUUUGAUAAACCGUUACUUAAAUUCGAACCUCCAUUAAGCAGCCACCCUUGUAGCUACGGCAGGUGGUCGCUCAACAAAGGUUUGUCAUAAAUUCUCUUAAUUCUUCAGCGGAAAAAUCACUUCAUUUGAAACUAAACAUGCGACGGGAUUGGCAUUACUGAUUCAUAAUCAGUCAUCACCCUCUAUCUCGGACUGUAAUUUUCCUUCAUCGUAGUCUUAACAUAAACCCUAGUAACUAAGCGCGUCAAACGCUUAAGGCCUCUUUAUAGAGAUUGCCACAAUAGGAACUCUCGCUACAAUCGCUAAAAGGUAGCCGAUGCCGCUUGAUAGAGGUAGGCUUUUUUGUUUAUACUGAAUUCGUCUCUACCAUUAUUUCGGGCCAUUGUUAAUGACCGCUUAGGGAAGAUUGGCCUCUCAAUAACUGCCAGCUUGAUGGGAGUUUAAUUGAAUUUUAAAAUGCUCCUUAAUGAAAUAAUGUUGUCUUGUACAUGAACGAGUAUUAUGUGUGAAAAGUCAAGUCUAAUUUAAUAAGAUGGAUCACACUUUGCGCAUAAAUCCCAUAGCCUGCAUGGCGGAACUAAAUAUAAAAUCCAAUUAAAGCGAAAGACAAAAAAAAAAGGUCCGGAAUAUGUAAUGCUGCAUUAUACAUUUUGUGUCUGGAAUUAUCGUAGAACAAUAGCAAACAAAUCCAGAAGUAAAUUUGCUUAACUCUUUCAACAAUCUGAACUGAGACAUAAUCCAUGCCAUCCCUUAAAGGGGCUUUGUCAAGACUGUCUAGUUUAUUGCCAAAUACACGUCCUUAUAAUCAACGAAACUUAACGUAAGCAAUAUGUGACAAAAUCACCGCUUCAUGUGAAAAAAUUUGGUUUGCAAUCCGUUUCAAUCUUCUUCAAGUUUGUUCAUCCGUGCCUCAUUUUGUAUUUGCUGGGUUGUCUAUACCUUCUUUUACUGUAUUGAGCUGUUAUUUUUCUCCUCCAAUCCAUUUGGUGGAGGUUUCCACAGUUUGAAUUUUUUGAGUCUGAAUUAUAUGGACUGUAUCAAAGUUCAAGAAAAGAAAAAGAAAGUUACAGUGUGUUUCCGUUCUCGACAAAACGUGAAAUUAGGCACUUUCACGUUGUACGGGCGCUCGUUCAACGACGGCUAAGAAAUGUACAAAAAAGCGUGUUGUUUUGCUAAUCUAAACCUAUUGCUUUUUUGCUGUUGUCGUUGCCGUCGCCGUCGUCGUUGCCUGAAUUUCUUGAUAACUUUUUCAUCUAUCUGUUCGCAGGUGCGUCUUAUACAGCCAACCUGGCCAGUUUUUUAAUCACAGACGUUUUCGAUACUCCUAUUGAUAGCCUGGAAGACUUAGCAUCACAGACCAAAAUAAAAUACGGAUGCAUAAAGGAUAGUCACAUCAUGACAUUUUUCCAGAUGUCGCACGUUCCCGUUCAUGCAAAAAUGUGGGCGUUCAUGCAGAGACAUGAAACUUUGGUAAAAAACAUGACGGAGGGAAUUCAAAGAGCAAAAGAAGGAGGUUAUGCGUUUAUAGGAGAAUCAGAAAUGUUAGAGUACUACACUAAACAAAAGCCUUGCGAUACACUGACAACAAUUGGAAGGUGAGCGAAUACACCCAAAGGAAGUAUCAUAAGGGAAAGCAACCAAACUGAUACAGUGCAAUCCAGGUUAAGCGUCAGCACAUCAUUUUUUACAUUCAUUGCCUGCCAAAUAAGAAAUAUAUAAGCCCUAUACGGCUGGAUGAAACACCUUUUUGUCAUGUUCCUUCGUUCUUCAAAUGUUUUGUUCCACACUGGACAAACAGAAUCUAGAAGAAUUUUGAUGUUUUCUUGUCAGGGAGUAUUUCCAAGAAAAAAAAACAAAACAAAAUAUACAAACAAACAAAGCUGUGGUUUAGUCCUGAUUCCUUCAUUUUAAUUUCCGAUCCUGUAUAAAACCAAAUUUAGAUAGCUGACUGCUUUUUGUUUUUAUGAACACGUCUCUUUUUCAACGGUAUUUAGUAACAUUUUGUAUAAUUAUAUUUGUUAAGACGGGUACCAUAAUACGACAAACGACUGAACCGGGCAAAUUCUGCCAUUGUUAUGUUUACAUGCUAGUGUUUAUUUUUUCAUAGGAGUUGCCUUAAAUAGCAUGAUCGCUUGGCUAGGAUCAUUUGAUUAAUACUGCUUAUUUCUUUUGGCCUAACCGAAUGAACCCCUGAUGAAAAAGAGAGGGAGAUGGGAAAGAAAUUACUUUAGGACGUGUCCUUUUCUCUCUUUACAGAGUUUUUGGAAAGUUUGGCUACGGAUUUGGACUCCCCAAAAACUCACCCUACACAGAGCAGUUUAGCGUGAAAAUCCUUGAACUGCAGCAAAAAGGAUUUAUGCAGCAUUUAAGGGAAAGAUGGCUUCAAGGAGUGUGUAAGACACCUUACACAGAAUCAGGUGGGAAAAAAAAGAGUACAGGGCCUUACUUGAAAGAAAUUUUGCAACUUCAACAAUCAUGCAUACCUAUGCCCUACCUCCCUUACGAGAUUAGGUUUCGCUGCUCAUCGUACGCGGCGAAACUCGCUGGGGCUCCCAAUCUUUUCGGUCUCCGUUUUUGAACAAUUACUCAGCGAACAGGGGCUCGUUUCUCGAAAGUCCCGGUAACUUUUCGGGCCCGAAAUCAAAUAUUCAAAUCGAAAUAUAAAGAAUAAGAGCGCGGGUCCUGGCUAGCAAACUACUCUAUUUUGUUUCACUAACUGCUAGUUUUAUCAUGCUAGAUACAAAACUAUUGAAACCUCGAUUUUUAAUGUAAACGGAGACAGCUUACCGGGCCCGUUAAUUAUCGGGACUUUCGAGAAACGGGCCCCAGGAACGGUAAGCCAGCCGUUAUCUAUUUUGUUUUGUUCAUUGGUAAUUAUUCUUCGUCAGUCUCAAAAAUAUAGCUCUUUUCUGGUCUAUGGUUUAAGAUAUCACUACGAUGGCAUGAAAACCCUUACUUGCCCCAAAUUUAAUGCCGAGAUUACAUACCGUGUGUAUAAGGACUGAGGUAAAAUUGUAAUACUAGAGUGCCGUUGAUUAGUACAUUAUUCUUUUCAGACGCUUCCCUCAGUAAUGACAACCCAGUAAUGGCUUUUCACGACAUGGCUGGUGUGUUUUAUGCUAUUUUAUUCGGGCAGUUUGUCAGCCUGCUUGUUCUCCUGGGUGAACUCGCUUGGGAGGCCCUCAAAGAUGUAAAAGAAAGCAAGGUAAAUUGUUGUUUAGAUUUUGAAUACUAGCUUCAGCAGCUAAUCAUACCUCAUAUUUGGCAAUUUUCGUUCUGUGGAAGUGUGGAUCGGAUCUGGAGCCUGGGAUCAAACGUCGCCGUCGCCUUAUAGAGUUUAAGCUUACACGGCAAGCGUCAGAUUCAAACUGAGAAUUUCUCAAAAUAGAAAAUGAGCAGAUAAAAACAGCUCAGAAUAUUUUUAUGAAAAUUAAAUUACGCGAAACUACUAAUUUAUGUGUAGAAAUAAUGAACAUUAGGUGACAAGCUAAGGGGAGACAUGGUCACGUGGUACAGAUUCUCGUCUGCCGUUUGACGUAAUUAAACGUGAAGCUUGACCUCUCUAGUUUCAGCUCGGGCUCGGAAGUCACAUUAAAAAAAAAAAACUUUUUUAAAUCUAAACUUAGUUUAGAUUCUUUUCAGAAGAAUUUCGUGUUACUCUUGUGAAAUGAAUUUUUUGUGCUAUGGAAAGUCUCAUUUCACCUUCAUUUCAUAAUAUUCGCACCUGUUAUCAUACCAUAGGAACCUUCUUCCUAAUUUAUACAAGUGAAUUUUAGAACUAAUUCACUUCCAUGCUUCAUUCGUCUGUGUAGUUUAUUAGAUUGCUUUUAAGAACAUUUUUUGGACUCUGUUUGCAUCACCGUAAUAACAAGUUCAUUUCCUGACUGUUAUAAAAUACAGGCUUCAAACGUUCUACAAGGAAUCAAAUCCAGACUUGUAAAAUCUUGGAAGAGUAAAAGAGAAGUCAUUGCUACUCACAGAAGUUACAGUUUAGAACCAAGCUCUCACUGGAACAUUGCACUGGAGCAGCUGCAGAAACUUCUCCCCGAUAAGAAAGCAGACGAUACAAGUGAACAAACCGGAAGUAAAAGAACAAAGAAUGGACUGGACCGUAAUAGAAACAGGAAAGGAGCACAACUUAAAGGAGAUCUUAGAAGAGCAGUUAACAAACCUGACAUUGCAAACCAACAUUCGAGCAAGCCAUCUACUUAUAUUUAG